UACCACCCCACACCCAUGGAGGGGGGAUUGUUGCAGGCAGAGCUGAUCAUCACCUUCGAGGCCAUCGGCAUCACGCUGGACACGAGGGAGGUGGUGGUGUGGCUGGAUCUGUCCACGCAGAGCACGCAGGACGACCUGCAGCCCGUGCUGGCCCAGCUGCUGGUGGACUACAGCCUGCAGUCCUCGCUGAGCGUAAUCCCUGCACACCUGCAGUCCCACUUCAGCGGGACGGUGAUGGGCGAAUCGGCCAUGCGCAGUGAGCAGGAUGUGGGCAGCCCUCUGGCCUUCGACUUCCAGGUGAGAUAGGGGACAUCGGUUGGGG